AUGGAGUCAAUCUUUACUCUCUUGCAAUUAAUAAUAACUAUCAUUAGUUCUUCCAGUGCCCAAGAGACUACUUGCAGCCUUCAUGGCGAGCCUGCGUACCCACAUCUAUGGAAGGAUGGUGAUAUCAACAUCGGAGGAAUUUUCCCCUUUCAUAAAAAAUGGGAAAUCACAGACUCAUCCUAUUCAGUCAUGCCAUCAAUGAAUUGCAUAAGUCUGGAACUUAGAGCCUUCCAGUAUUCCCAGUCCUUAAUAUUUGCAGUAGAGGAGAUUAACAACAGUUCAUCUUUAUUGCCUGGAGUCUCACUGGGUUAUAAGAUCUUUGACUCCUGCACUUCUCCAGCAGUGGGAGUGAAAUCAGCAAUGGCACUUGUAAAUGGAAAUGAAAAAUUAGUCUCAGACCAGAUUUGUACGAAGCCAGCCCAGGUCCAAGCAAUAAUAGGAGAGACUUAUUCAUCUGUGUCUAUGGCUAUUUCUAAGAGCAUUGGACCUUUCAGUGUGCCCUUAAUCAGUUACUUGUCUACCUGUGAGUGUCUCAGUGAUAAAAGGACAUAUCCUUCAUUUCUGCGCACGAUCCCCAGCGAUUAUUACCAGACCUUAGCACUUGCAGAAUUGGUCAAGAAUUUUGGCUGGACCUGGGUGGGAGCCAUAAGAAGAGAUGAUGACUAUGGUAACAAUGGGAUGGCUGCAUUUACUAAAUUUGCAGAGCAACUGGGCAUAUGUUUAGAAUAUUCCCUUCCAUUUUUUAGAACCUACUCACAAGAAAAAGUGUUGAGAAUGGUUGAACAAAUUAGGAGCUCCACUUCUCGAGUGAUAGUGGGAUUUUUUACUCUCUGGGACCUGGAGAUUUUACUUAAUAUAUUUUAUGAACAUAACCUUACUGGAUACCAGUGGGUGGGAACUGAGGGAUGGAUCACUGAUCCGCUAGGAGCCACAAUGGAUAAGUACAAUAUAUUGCAAGGUGCCAUAGGGCUUGCUAUUCCCAACACAACAGUAACAGGCUUGAAGGACUUCAUUCUAAAUAUACGACCACUGAAAGAUGUUGGCAGAGCCAUUUACACAAAAUUUUGGGAGGCUCUCUUUACUUGUACAUAUGCAGUGCAAAACAAUUCAUCUAACAUACCAGUAUGCACAGGACAAGAGAAAGUGUCCGAGGUGACAAACACAUUUACUGAUAUGUCAUUGAUGCCGGUUUUCUGUAAUGUGUAUAAAGGAGUGUAUGCAAUUGCCCAUACACUACAUGACCUUCUUGGCUGCAAACAGACAUGUUCUACAAAGAAACAGCCUGAUCCUGCCACAUUUUUAGAACACCUUAAAAAGGUGCGUUUCAAGACCAAGGAAGGUGAAGAAAUUUAUUUUGAUAGAAAUGGUGAUCCUACAGCCAAAUAUGAAAUAAUAAAUUGGCAAAAGAAUAAAAGAAAUCAUUAUGAAUUUAUCAAAGUUGGACUUUAUGACCCUUCUCUUCCCACUCAGGAUCGCUUAGCAGUAAACAUGACCUCAAUUGUCUGGGCACAAAAUGCAAAUCAAAUUCCAAAAUCUGUAUGCAGUGAGAGGUGCCCCCCUGGCACAAGAAAAGCUGUCCAGAAAGGAAAGCCUAUCUGCUGUUUUGACUGCAUAGUAUGUGCUGAUGGAGAGAUCAGUAAUAUGUCAGACUCAAUAAAAUGUGAGCAAUGCCAGGAAGACUACUGGUCAAAUUCAGACAAAGUUAAGUGUGUAAAAAAGGAAACUGAAUAUUUAUCUUAUGAAGAAACUAUGGGGAUUUUGUUAACAGCAGUGUCUAUUGCUGGUGCAUUUUUGACCCUGGUAAUAGCAAUCAUAUUUUAUAGAUAUAAAAACACCCCAAUAGUCAAAGCAAACAACUCUGAACUGAGCUUUCUGUUGCUCUUUUCUCUAACUCUGUGUUUUCUCUGUUCACUUACAUUUAUCGGACGACCCUCUGAGUGGUCCUGUAUGCUGCGCCACACAAUGUUUGGGAUCACCUUUGUUCUCUGUAUCUCUUGUGUUCUGGGAAAAACAAUUGUGGUGUUAAUGGCCUUCAAAGCUACACUUCCUGGGAGCAAUGUCAUGAAAUGGUUUGGCCCUCCACAACAGAGACUUAGUGUACUUGUCUUCACUCUUAUACAAGUGUUUAUUUGUGUGCUUUGGUUGACAAUCUCCCCUCCUUUUCCCUUUAAAAAUCUUAUGUACUAUAAGGAAAAGAUCAUACUUGAAUGCAGUUUGGGUUCAGUCAUAGGUUUUUGGGCUGUGCUUGGUUACAUAGGAUUUUUAGCACUGUUAAGUUUUGUUUUAGCUUUUCUGGCUAGAAAGCUUCCAGAUAAUUUUAAUGAAGCUAAAUUUAUCACAUUCAGCAUGGUAAUGUUCUGUGCAGUUUGGAUUACUUUUAUUCCAGCUUAUGUCAGCUCACCAGGAAAAUUUACUUUAGCUGUGGAGAUAUUUGCUAUUUUAGCAUCAAGCUUUGGUUUGUUAUUGUGUAUCUUUCUUCCAAAGUGUUAUAUAAUCAUCCUAAAGCCACAGAUGAACACCAAAAAGCAAAUCAUGGGGAAGGCGCCAGGUCAAUAA